AUGUCGCAACAAAACGCAGAUGCACUAGAAACUAAAAAUGAUAAAGAGCCUCCCGCAGCUGCGGAUACGCAGCAAGAGACUUCUCAUGACCAAAUAGUGACACCCUGGGAAGUCGAGGGAGCGGUAGUUGAUGGACAGGCUCGGGCUAUAGAUUACGAUAGAUUGAUUGAACAAUUUGGGACGAGGCCCAUCAAUUCUGAGAUAUUGCAACGGUUCGAGCAGUUGACUGGGAGACGACCACACGUACUUCUUCGUCGUGGUGUAUUCUUUUCCCAUAGAGAGCUUACAAAAAUCCUUGAUCGCUACGAGCAGAAGAAACCUUUCUUUCUAUAUACGGGACGCGGACCAAGCAGUGUCAGCAUGCAUCUUGGGCAUAUGAUUCCAUUUGUUUUCUGCCAAUGGCUACAGGAAGUAUUUGAUGUACCACUAGUGAUUCAGUUGACCGAUGAUGAAAAAUUUUUGUUCAAGAAUGGACUCACUGCGGAAAAAGCACGAGAAUACUCUUAUUCAAAUGCCAAAGACAUUAUUGCCUGUGGAUUUGAUCUUGAGAAGACUUUUAUAUUUUCUGAUUUCGAAUAUGUCGGGGGUGCAUUCUACAAGAAUAUAGUCAAAAUAUCACGAUGUAUAACAGCAAGUCAAUCCAAAGCGACGUUUGGGUUCAAUGAUAGUGACUGCAUUGGCAAGCUUCAUUUUGUUGCUGUUCAAGCUGCGCCUUCUUUUUCCAAUUCAUUUCCACAAAUUUUUGGCACGAAAAGUGAUAUUCCAUGUUUGAUUCCUUGCGCUAUUGAUCAGGAUCCUUACUUUAGGUUGACACGUGAUGUAGCCCACAAACUUAAGUAUCCUAAACCCAGCCUGAUACAUGCAAAGUUCUUCCCUGCACUCCAGGGUCCGCAAACAAAAAUGUCAGCAUCAGUUGAUAAUUCGGCGAUUUUCUUAACCGACACACCAAAUCAGAUCAAGAACAAGAUUAAUAGAUAUGCUUUCUCAGGAGGUGGGGAUACAAAGGAACUCCAUGCAAAAUAUGGUGGUAAUCCAGACGUCGAUGUUGCGUAUCAGUAUCUCACCAUGUUUCUUGACGAUGAUGAAGAACUGGCUACUAUAUACAAGAACUACAAAGAUGGCGUUCUGAUGACUGGGGAGCUGAAAGCACGUUGUAUUAAAGAACUGCAGGAGUUCAUGGCAAAAUAUAAUUCUCGCAAAGCUGCUAUUACUGACGAUAUAGUAAAGCGGUUCAUGGACCCUACCCGGAAAAUUUAUGUUAAGCAUCUUGACAAGGACAUUAAAAAAGAGGAAGUAUAG